UCGCUCAGAAACUUGGUUAAUCACAGUUCAACUUAGAAAUCUUGCACAAUGCUUUGCAAAUUGUAUCACAAUGGAAUCGAACCCUAGUAGACUACACGUUAGCUCUCGGCUCAGCACAGACUCGGCUUUUGAGGAUAGUUCGAAGUUUGCGUUCGCUGAUUUGACUUACGAGAACGAUGAUGAGUUUCCGUUUUCGGACCAAGAGCUAAGCGACUCAGAAUGCGGUUUUAGCAGCAUCAACUCAACAUGUGCAUCAUCGACUACGGAUAAAGACACAACUUUGAGACCACGUAGAGGUAGUUUUAGUUUCAAGUCAUCAUCUUUGCCCCGAAGAUUUAAUCCAUACAAUGAAAAACGGAUGACAAAAUGGAUCCAUAAACAUUUCUCAACUUACCCCGUGAAAUUAAAAGAGCGUCAUUAUAAGCGUCUCAGAAAAAUUUGUUCACAUGGGAUCCCCGAGGGGUCACGUGAACAAAUUUGGUAUUUGCUCGUAAGUCGGUUAUCGACUGCGCCUUUAAUCGCAUCCAAUCGCAAGUCGUUGCUGCCCGAAAAUGUCUCAGCUUUUGAUGACCACCUUUCAUUGCUAUGUAAAAGCUACUCGACUGUUAACCCAAACCCAAAAUGGUCGGAUCUGAUUUUGAAGGAUCUGAGAAGGUGCAUAGCGGAUGAUGAUAACUUCAAUCACGCGAAUGGAGCUGGUUAUAAAGCACUUAAUAAAGUGCUGUUCGCGUUUUCUGUGCACAACGCAGAUGUCGGAUAUUGUCAAGGUCUUGGACCUCUUGUAGCUUUCAUCCUCAAUGUUUUCAACUCCGACAAGUCAAUCGAAGACUGGAAGUGGGAACACACUUUCUGGAUCGUCCAUUUUCUAAACUGCGACAAUCGAUACAUGCGUGACUACAACACACCCGGGUUAGAAGGUGUGAUUGUCGACCUAUGGCUCUUCGGGCAAAUGGUCAAAAAAUUUCUCCCGAAGCAAAAUAAAAUCCUGGAGAUGUUCGGAUUCGAACCGACGCUCUAUGCGCAGGCGUGGUUCUUUUGCUUGUUUGUGAGAACUUUACCGUUAGACCUAUGUGUUCGUAUAUGGGAUAUGUACAUUUGUGAAGGAAAAUUUGUGAUGUUUAAAACAGCCCUACUUAUACUGUACAUAGUUUGUCACAAAAACAAGCAAUUGAUCAAAAAUGAAGAAAUGGAAGAAUUUUUACAAGCUUUACAACAUCCAGAUGCGAAAUGGUUCAAAACGGAAAGAUUUGUCGAAAAGUUAGUGAAAUUUAGAAUUGAAACGCGACACAAAAGACGCUUUUUAGAACAAGCCGAAAGCUUCAGGUACGAAACAUUUGGCGCGAAGCAUACUAUAACGUCGCACGCGCCGGAAUUGCGAUACGAAAAUUUUGAACCAAUAUCGGAAGUCGAUUCGACUGAAAAUUAUUUUUCGGAUGACUGUGAAAGUGACUUCGGAACUUUCGACCGAAAAAAGAAAACUUCAGAUACACUUCCUACUACAGCUCGCGAUUCGCUAAUUGAUGAAGAAACCAUUACGUCAUUAAAUGGUUUGAUGCAGGUUAAUGUUGAUGUCAAUAUUAGCUCCUCUACGAAUGUACAAGAUGCGGAACCGGGUAAAGGAAAAAUGGAAUUUGGAACUUAUAACAGGAAAAUAUCUUCGGGAAAGAGUUGUGACAGCUCGUCGCAUGGACAUAGCCCGAUAGCUUUGUCGGCGUGCUCAUCGUCUACUAGCGAGCACAAGGAAAGUUCUCCUACUGAAUAACAGUGUAGUACAUGGUUGUUUGUUUUAAAAUUUAGGCUCUUUUUCUAUUUAACUUUUGGGAAUUUUAAAAUGAAAAAUAUAUUCAAGUUCAUGAAAAAUUGUUUUUACCAGAAAGUUCGGUUUUUCUAUAAAGAGUCUUCAGUUUGUGCUAUUAUUUGGUUCUCGUUUCAGUACGCUGUUUAGCGCUCAGCCUUUUUUGUUGUUUGCUAAAUGUUAGAAUUGAGUGUUUUGCACAAAAAUCUGUACAUUUAGAUCUAUAAUUUGUUACCGAGUAAUUGUUGUAGUUUAAAUUGAAUGUAUUAGUUAGUCUUAGGUUCAAUUUGUGGCUUACAUCCAAUAGUUAGGUCUCAUCCCAUUUUACUAUCGG